AUGCUAAUGUACAGGGACUCGAUCCUUGCUGACGAGAGGAGCAGUAGAGCUGGUGAUGACUUGCUGAGGAAGCUAAGCAAGAGAAAAGGGGAGAGGAACGGGCGUGGUACCGGCGAGAGAGGGGAUCUUAUUCAACUUAGGAGGCUAAGGAAAGGCUCUCAGCCCCCUCCAUCUUCGUCACCGCCACCAACUUCUGCCCGCCGGGCUACGCUCUUCCCAGCUACAAUGGCGGCUGAUGCAACUCUCCUUGUCCUCACUUCAACCUUGCCAUGCCCGUGCUUCUCGAGAUCGCCGGGUACCGGGCCCGAAUUAUCCCCGUUGUCCUCCGUCGUGUACCCUGCUGGAAGAGUGGCUGCUUGUAGAGCUGGUUCAGCUAUCCCGCUGUCCACUGAUCACAAACCUGAUAGAUCUGACGAACGUCAAAGGAUUGAAGACGCUGGAGGUUUCAUUAUUUGGGCAGGAACCUGGCGGGUUGGUGGUGUUCUUGCUGUUUCUCGUGCAUGA